CGCACCGCCCGCGCGGGCUGUCGCGGCGUAAAACACAAACCACACAAGAUUUCCCGCGCGCCGUUGUCUCGCGGCUUGCCCAACUGAGCGGCGUAGUAGCAGCCAACCCGCGAAGAUGGCGAGCAUCCUGGACGUCCCCAAGCCCAGAGUCAACUGCUCCAUGCUGUCGCAGUUCGUCAACCGAGCCGUGUGCUUCGUCGGGCGGGUUGAAAAGGUCCACCCAACGGGCAAAAUGUUCACGGUGAAGGACGGAGACGGGAGCUCGGCGACGGUGGAACUCAACGAACCUCUUGAAGAAGAGCUGAGCGGAAUUGUGGAGGUUGUCGGGAUGGUGUCCAACAAAGGAGAAAUAAUGGCCAGCACGUACAACAUGCUGAGAGAGGACAAGGGUGUUCCCUUCGAUCUAGAGCUGUACAACGAAGCGCUGAAGGUCAUCCACGACUACCCCCAGCACUACCCGUUCCAGGUGGCUGCGAGCGGAUGAACAAGGCUGCAGGGAUUGAGUUCAUUGUUUUUGUUUUUCUUUCUUAUGUGUGUUGGGAGGUGAGGAUUGUACAAAAGCUUCUGUAAUAAAAUGUAUAUAAAAGCAACA